UCAACAACAUUGCACUCUCUCGCCUUUUCUCUCCCCCAAUUUUCACCAUUCAUAUAUACGAACAUUCAUUUUAUUUUCACUUCAUCAUCUCCUCCAACUUCUCUCAGCUUUUCAUGUCUCUACCGUUUCUCAAACUUGUUUUCUGUAUGUAAAUAUAGAAACACUGCUACUCUGCUUUUUUAUCCAUCCCUAUUUGUAAACAAAGAGGUAGAGAUGAGAGGUGGUCAUGGAGGCGAUGCCAGAGCUGUGAACAACACUUUGGACACCAUAAACGCUGCUGCAACUGCCAUCGCUUCUGUGGACAAUCGCCUUAAUCAACCUCUUCCUCACGUCCAGAAAACCUGGGGAAGCUGGCUGAGCAUAUAUUGGUGUUUUGGACACCGCAGAAACCAAAAGCGCUUUGGGCAUGCAGUUCUUGUUCCCGUAACCACACCUUCUGCUGCAGAUUCUACUUCUGCAGCAGUAGGUUCAACACAAGCACCUAGUAUUCCAUUCCCCUUCGCCGCACCUCCCUCGUCUCCGGCAUCAUUCCUCAACUCAGAACCUCCUUCAGUCGCUCAAUCCCCAGGCGGUAUUCUAUCUUUCACUUCUGUGUCUGCCAGCAUGUACUCUCCCGGUGGUCCUUUCUCUAUCUUCGCCAUUGGACCUUAUGCCCAUGAACCACAAUUAGUUUCACCACCCGUUUUCUCGACAUUCACCACUGAACCUUCAACCGCUCCCGUCACUCCACCUCCUGAAUCUGUCCACUUGACCACACCUUCUUCACCUGAAGUGCCGUUUGCUCAACUGCUUGAUCCCAACAACAAAAAUUCCGAUACCUUUCAAAGGUUCCAAAUAUCUCAAUACGACUUCCACUCCUAUCAGCUUCAUCCUGGAAGCCCCGUUGGUCAACUCAUUUCACCAAGAUCAGCUUUCUCAGCUUCUGGCACCUCAUCUCCUUUCCCCGAUGCCGAGUUUUCUUCUCCUGCCUCCCUCCUCCUUGACUUUCAAACACCUGACCCUACCAAGCUUUUAAACAUCGAUAAACACAAGUCACGUCAAGGCUCCGGCUCUCUCACCCCGGAUUCUAUACGAUCCACAACUCAGGCUGGUUUUCUUCCUGGUCACUGGGUUUCUGAGGUCAUAAGGUCUCCACAUCCAAGAAAAAAUCGCCCCAAUGAGAUUAGUGUAAACCACAGCGUCUCUAUUGAAGUGUCUUCCCAGGAAGUAUCGAAAUGUGUGGAAAACAAGGCAGUGGCAUGGAGUAAAUCGCUUCCGUUCAAAACUGAUACACCAGGAGCAGACAAAGAAGAGAAUUCAAGAGAAGUCCUCGUGAGUGAAACUCACAGUGAUGUCCCCCAGCAGAUCGCAGACGAUGGAGAUGUGGAAAGUGUUGAUCAUAAGGAUGAAAGUAUAACAUUUUCUUCUGCUAAAGAAUUCAACUUUGAUAAUGCAGAAGGAGGGGAUUCUCCUGGGCCGAAUUUAGUUAUUGAGUGGUGGGCUAAUGAGAAAGUUGCAAGCAAGGAAGGAGAAUCCUCAAAGAAUUGGUCUUUCUUCCCGAUGGGGUUGGCCAAUCGCCAGUGAAGGCUCUCUCUUAGUUUUGUGACUGUUACUUCACAUAACCUUGCUGGAAUAUUUCAUGGUUUUGACUUUGGUGCCAUUGUAUGGUAGCAGCCAACACCACCCCUGCUAAGAAUUUUACGUUGGUAGAUCUAACACAUACAGUGAUGGGAAUAUUUUUUGAACUUGCUGGCUCCGAAAUGAAGGUGAGUUUUGCAGACUAGUAAUCAAAUUUUCAGGUAAACCCACUUUAGAUUAGGAAUGGCUUUACAAUUAUAGCAUCUACAUUCUUCACACCUUUUAACCUUUUUGUGUGUAAGUGUAAUAUAGUUGACAUAAAGACAGUGGUUACCAAUAACCAACCAACAAUGUUUUUUUUUUUUUACUGUUACUGACAGUUCAAACAUUUGACAAUGUUCUUACACUGCACUCUACUAAUUUCCACCAAAAUACAAUUAAAGUUCAGAA